AUGUACUUGCCGUGUCUUCGACAAGUUGAAGAUCCUUUGUGGACAUGCACUGAUUGCCGCUAUAGCUUGGGUGUUCCCUACUCGUCCCUGGUUGGGGACAGGUUAAAACCUGUUUUAUGGGUUGAUACUUAUGAGGAUAUAAUUAUGCCUCCAGAGGAAGGAGUAGAUUACGAUCUCCCCGCCGAUAUCUUCAAAGUCAGUGUCAUGCCUCCUAAUACGAAGAGGCCCCCGGGAAGGCCUAAGGAAAUAAGAAUCCCAUCCACGGGCGAAUGCCCAGUCAAAGCGAAGAAGGCAGUUCCAAACAAGUGUGGUCGAUGCCAGGGUGUGGGGCACAACAGGACCAGCUGCAAAAACCCUCUCCAACAUUAG